AUGCUCCGCUGUAAGUUUUGUGGUGUCUGCCAUGACUUUUCGAAGGGUUCAUGUCCAGCUCUAGCCAAAAGAUGUUAUCAUUGUAAAGGAAAGAACCACUUUGAAAAAGUUUGCAGCAAACGUCGUUCGAAAAAUGCAAAUAAAAAGUGGCGAGUAAAGGAAGUAACAGAAGAUACUAGUGCAAGUGAUUCAGAAGAAGAACCUGUAAAUGGAGCAACCGAUGAAAGUGAUGAUGAUUAUGAAAUCGGGAAAAUAGUUGAUAACUCUGAAAAUAGUGGAAGUGUAGCAGCGAAACUCAAGUUACUUUUUGCUGAUGGUUGGAAAUCGGUAGAGUGUGAAUUGGACACAGGUGCUAAUACCAGUUUAAUCGGUCGCGAAUAUUUAAUAAAACUGAAUAAGCAAGUGAACUUACCUCUUUUUCCGUCAAAACUUCGUUUGCAAAGCUUCGGAAGUAACCCGAUCAAAGUGCUUGGGCAAAUAAAGAUCCCAUGUCGCCGUAAAGGCAGAAGAUAUGUGCUAGUGUUGCAGGUUGUUGAAGGAAAUCACCACCCUUUGUUGUCAGCGAAAGUAUGCCGCAUUCUCGGUUUCGUGAGGUUUUCGGUUUCAUUCGUAACAAAUAAGUCAGUAGGUUCGUUGCAGCUUUUGAAUGUACAUCGUGUCGAAGCGCAGAAGAUAAUAGACAGCCAUACUGAAAUAUUUAAGGGAUAUGGAAAGCUAGCUGGAACAGUGUCUUUGGAAGUGGAUCCCGAUGUUACUCCAUCUAUGCAAUCCCUCGUAGAGUACCUAUUGCUAUGCGUGCCAAACUGA